AUGAAGUACGGAAUGGUUGUUAUCACGGCUGGCUUUUCAGGUUUACUCAGCUUCAGCUUUCUUGCUGUGGCAAUUGGCAGCGACUAUUGGUACAUCAUCGAUGUGAACAAGGCAAACCAGUCGGACUUGGAGGACCUGAGUUCGCAUUCCGGUCUCUGGAGGAUCCGUGAAGGGAGAAAUGCCACCUCUUGGCCAAUUCAGUCCUUCUUUGUGGAUACCUCCAACAAAACUGACAUAGAGAAGCACCUUAUCAACUCCCACAAGGUUAUAGUCACCCUGCUGCCUCUCAGUCUGUUGCUGGUGGUGUUGGGAGGGAUCUGUGGUCUGGUCAGCUCUCUGGCCAGGAAUCCCAGCCUGCUGGUCGGCUCCGCAUCCUACUUCCUCUUCUGCAGUCUCUUCACCCUCUCCGGGUUGAGCGUUUACGUCAGCUACUGCCAACGGGCUCGGGGACUGUUGGAACCUGAGAUUCUGGCCAGCGUCCAUGUGUCCUAUGGCUGGUCGUUGGGUAUGGCCUGUCUCUCCUUCAGCCUGGAGGUGACCGCAGGCCUGCUGCUGAUGCUGGCUGCACGUAAGGCCCAUCUCAUGGGACGUGACCAUGGAGUCACCAUUAUCGCCAUGGCCUGAAGAGGGAAA